AUGGAUGAUGUCGAUAUGGGGGAUGCUCGAGCAUGGAGGACUUCAGCGUUUUUGUCCGAAGCGCGUCGACUGAGUCAAGCUGGUUAUUACGUCGUUGUCUCUGAUGUCUCUGAUUCCGUCGCCGAAGCACUGACCGAGCUGGAGAAGAAAUUAAAGGUUCCAAUUUCUCAACGCCGGGAUGGGCAGAUUCAAGAGAACGUUGCAGUGAAGGCACUGUUGGUGAAGGCUUCAAGUCAGAAUGACUAUUAUUUUCCUGGAAAGAUCGGUCAAACACUGGACUAA